AUGUCUAUCGGCCCCAUCGGCUCGUCCGAGCCUUUGGGCUCUCCUGCCUCGUCAUCAUCGUCGGCCGUUCCGUUCGAGCCGUACCAGUCGGCCGCUUUCCAGCCUAUGCGCACGAGAAUGCAGUCUCUUUCCACGGCCUCACGACACGCCUCUGCCACGGCGUUCGACGCUCGAUUAACUCUGUCAGCGGCGGAGCGAUUCCGCAGACAAGGCUCGACUACGCCCUCGCCUCCGAUCAGCGAGUCGAGUUCCCGUGUCUAUACGUCCUCCAGGCCCGAGACUCCCUUGUCGCAGGCAUCCGAUUCGAGCGCAGGCAGCUGCGCUGACGUCGACCACCCUUCCACGCGAUACGCCACAGUGUCGCCGACCUUCUCACAUCUCGCGACGCCAAUGAGGCCAAGUCUCGCAUCCAAGAGACUGCUUUCCGACGGCGACGUGAUUCCGCCUCGACCCAUCAAGAAAAGUAGACUGGCUGCUCGACGCCGCUCGUUGCACACGCCCAGCUCGGCAUUGAGCGGCUCGAUCGUCACCUCGUGGCGCAGUGCUCGCGAGCAGUCACGCCGGCGCCAGAUGGUCCAACGCGACGCUAAGCGUCAGACUGCAGCAGCUUCGACAGGCAACGGAUCGCUCAGCUCGACGUCCGCUUCGACCCAGCCACUCCGUACCCAGUUUGAGCUGCUCCCCGAACUUCGACUCCUGUCAGCCACCCGCACCGCCCCCAUUGCAUGGUCGCCCUUGGCCGACUCGACUGCCUUCGAGCCGCAUAUGGUCGAGAGCCACGACGAGCUAGCUGGCGAACGCGCGCCCGAAAGAUUGCGCUUCUGGCCCAUCGUCGACCGUCAGCUGGACCACACCAGCGCCCGUAUGCUCUCGCUCUCCAACCCCGAAAUGGACGCACACCAGCCUAUGGCUCCUAUGCUUCAAGCCAUUUUCGAGGCUCAUCACCCAGUGUCGCCCAAGUCCAGUCUGCCCUUGCCUCGCUGCGACAUGCUCGUCUUCCCAGCCUAUACGCAGCCUAUUGGCUCGUCGGAUGAAGAUCUCUCUCCGGCGACACCGGACGCACCGAUUCAGCGUGGAACGUGUCCGUCGCCACGUUGCGUCUCUCGUUGGGCACGACACGUGGUCGCCACCGAGUCGCAACGCCAGGCAAGCAUUGCGCUCACUCCAUCUGCCACCCUCUCUGCCGUUGUCGACUUUACCCGCGGCCAAGCGGGCGACAGAAAGCACGGGCGACAAGCUUUCGAGACCACCCGGUCUCCUCCACGCAACGCUCACGGCCAGCUUAUCUAUUCGCCUCCCAGUCCACACCGUGACGCCGCGCAUUGUGCUCGACCCGACCUCGCCGCCCAUGCACCCCUUCGCAUCGCACCUCGUCGACACGCCGGAGCCGCUGCUGCCGCUUCGGUUGUCGACCAUCGAAGCAAGGACUACUUCGGUCGCUGGGAGACGUAUGUCUGUAAUUACGGCAAGGAGUCGACCUUCUAG